AUGUGGAUGCCUCCAGGGCAGAACCAAAGCUGGGUUUCUGAAUUUAUCCUGCUUGGCUUCUCCAGUGACCCCACGUCCAACAGGAUCCUCUUCAUUGUCUUCUUUCUCCUCUACCUGAGCUCAGUCUUGGCCAAUGGGCUCAUCGUCACCCUGAUCUGCCUGGACACACAUCUCCACACUCCCAUGUAUUUCUUCCUCUGUAUCCUCUCCCUGCUGGAUAUGGGCUCCAUUACCACUACUAUGCCCCAGAUGUUGGUGCAUCUUCUUGCUCACUCUCAGGCCAUCUCCUUUACUGGCUGUUGGCUGCAGAUGUAUAUGUUUGGUACCCUGAGCGUGGUCGAGUGCAUUUUAUUUGUAAUCAUGGCUUAUGACCAAUACGUGGCCAUCUGCUACCCACUGCGUUAUACUGUCAUCCUCAACUGGGGCUUGUGCACACGGCUGGCAGCUGGGACCUGGGCCGGCGGUUUCUUCUCUCUGAUCCAUACUUCCCUCACCAUGAGGCUGCCAUACUGUGGGCCCAACGUGGUCAACCACUACUUUUGUGAAGGCCCCUCAGUACGGAGCUUGGCUUGCAUGGAUACCCACCUCAUUGAGAUGGCAGACCUGGUCAUCAGUGUCUUCAUGCUUGUUGCCCCACUCUCCCUCAUUCUGGCCUCCUACAUCCGUAUUGCCCAAGCCAUUCUCAAGAUCAAGUCUACUCAGGGCCGCUGCAAGGCUUUCUCCACCUGUGCUUCCCACCUGACUGUGGUCACUCUCUUCUAUGCUCCAGCCACCUACAUCUACAUAAGACCCAACUCCAGCUAUUCUCCUGAGCGAGACAAGCAGAUCUCCCUCUUUUAUAAUGUCUUCACUGCCCUGCUCAACCCUGUGGUCUACAGUCUGAGGAACAAGGAUAUCAAGGGGGCUCUUCUUAAAGUGAUGGGGUGGAGUAGGGUGGCCUGGUGA